AUGCCAUCUUCAGGUCCACCGGAUAGGCAAUGGUGGAGAGAAGCUGUAGUCUACCAGAUCUACCCACCUAGUUUUCUCGACUCCAACCAUGAUGGGCUUGGUGAUAUUCCCGGCAUCAUCUCGAAGCUGGACUAUAUCAAAUCCGUAGGCACCACGGCUAUUUGGCUGUCCCCAAUCUUCAAGAGCCCUCAAAAUGACAUGGGCUACGAUAUUUCCGAUUAUCGCGACAUCCACAGACCUUAUGGCAGUGUUGAAGACGCAGAGAACUUGAUCAAAGGUUGCCAUGAAAGAGGGAUCAAGAUACUUCUGGAUCUCGUUGUCAACCAUACCAGUGACGAACAUGAGUGGUUCCGAGAGUCUCGCUCAUCAAAGUCAUCCCCCAAAAGGGAUUGGUAUUUUUGGCGGGACCCCAAGAUCGACUCGAGUGGCAAUCGUCAACCGCCUAAUAAUUGGGCAUCUCUAUUUGGCGGCAGUGCCUGGUCAUGGGACGAGCAAACGGGCCAAUAUUACCUCUCGCUUUUCUUGCCUUCCCAGCCAGACCUCAACUGGACCAAUGAGGAAAUGCGUCGCGCAACGUAUUCUGAUAUGGAGUUUUGGCUGGAAAAAGGCGCCGAUGGCUUCCGGAUCGACUCGAUGAACCUCAUGUCCAAACAUCCCGACCUGCCUGACGCACCCGUGACCCGGCCCAACUCGGAGUUUCAGCCCGGAGAUUUAUACUACGCCAGCGGCCCAAGGAUGCACGAGUACAUCCGGGAAAUGCGCGAGAAAGUGUUCGACAAACACGGCUGCAUGACGGUUGGCGAACUGGGGUUCACCAAGGACGAGAAAAGCGUCGCCGAGUAUGUCGCCAAGGACAGACACGAACUCAACAUGCUCUUCACCGGCGACAUUGUUGACAUGGACUUCGGCAAGAACCACAAGUAUGAGCACGGCGAGUUCCGCCUUUCCAAACUGAAAACCAUCACCAACCUGUGGCAAAAGGCGAUGCCGAAGUGCGACGGCUGGAACACGGUCUACUUUGACAACCACGACUCUGGCCGCUCGCUCUCGCGAUACGCAUCGGACUUGCCCCAGUACAGGAAAGAGGCCGCCAAGAUGUUAGCCAUCUAUCUCGGUACUAUGAGUGGCACACUCUUCCUGCUCCAGGGGCAAGAGAUUGGUAUGGCCAACCUCCCAGAGUCAUGGACGAUUGAUGAUUAUGCCGACGUUGAAGGCAAGAACUACUACCAGAGCGUGCUCCAAAAGAGGGGGAAAGACGCAGAUAUGUCGGACGUCUUGGCGGAGAUGAGACUCAAGGCGAGAGACAACGGAAGAUUGCCCAUGCAGUGGAGCGCUGAAGCUCAUGGUGGCUUCACCAAGGGCUCGAAACCGUGGAUGCGAGUCAACGACGACUAUGGCGAGUGGAACGUUGAACAACAAGAAAAGGAUGAGGAUAGUGUGCUGGCAUUUUGGAGACAAGUGUUGAGCCUCCGACAGCGGGAGAAGGAUGUUUUUGUAUAUGGCACGUUCUCUGAGUUGAAGGAUUUUGAGGAGAGUGAGGAAGUGUUCGCCUUUAUCAUGGAAAACUACCAGGGAAAGAAGGCACUCGUGCUCUUGAACUUUUCUGAUAAGGAGCACAAGAUGAAGCUGCAAGAGUCUGAUGGAUGGAAGCGGUUACUUGGCAGUAACGCCGAGAGCAUUGAGGGUGGACAUCUUGUGCUUAGACCAUAUGAGGGUGUCGUGUAUUCUAAUUGGUAG